AUGUUACUGCUCAGUAUCUGUGGAUGCUCGUGGAUGAAAUGGAUGGCCACAUUGCUUCACAUGGGGAUGUUCCUGCAGCUGGCGCUGUGGGAGACGACAGAGGCCAUCCACCCAGACUGUGCCCUGGUGGUUCAGCACAUGAAGGCGCAGGAAGAAUGUAAGCACAUCCUCAAACAAGAGGAGAACAACCACUCCAACAAGACAGGUUGUCCGACAACAUGGGAUGAUAUCCGUUGCUGGAAUCGUGCUGAGGUGGGACAGGUGGUCAGCGUCUCAUGCGCCAAUGUCUCCCAGCUGUUUGCUAAUAACCAAGGUUACAUCUACAGGAACUGCACCGAGGAUGGCUGGUCUGAUCUCUACCCCUCCUAUGAGGACGCCUGCGAGUUCACAGAGUACGAAGAGACAGAACCAGAGACAACAUACUUCUCAAACUUCAAACAGGUGUACACCGCUGGCUACGCUACCUCCCUCAUCUCUCUUAUAUCAGCUAUUUUUGUCUUCACUGUUUUCAGGAAGUUUCACUGCACCAGGAAUUACAUCCACAUGAACCUUUUCUUCUCCUUCAUCCUGAGAGCGAGCGCUGUCUUCAUUAAAGAUGGCGUUCUUUUUUCAGAUGUAAACCUGGACCACUGCUCCAUGUCCACUCCGUCCUGUAAAUCAGCUGUGGCCUUUUUCCAGUUCAGUAUCCUAGCCAACUACUUCUGGCUUCUGGUGGAGGGCAUGUACCUGCAGACGCUGCUUGCUCUCACCUUUGUCUUCCAGAAGAAAUACUUCUGGUGGUACAUACUCAUCGGCUGGGGUCUCCCAACAACGAUCAUAAUGGCGUGGAUCCUCACUCGAAACUUCUACGAUAACAAGGGGUGUUGGGAUGACACAGAUGUGGCCUUCAUCUGGUGGAUCAUAAAAGCUCCAAUAACUGCAUCACUACUGGUAAACUUCAUCAUCUUCAUUAACGUGAUCAGGAUUCUGGUCCAGAAGCUGACAUCUCCCGGUGUCGGUGGCAAUGACACCAGUCACUUCAAGAGGCUUGCCAAAUCCACUCUGCUCCUCAUCCCUCUGUUUGGGAUGCACUACAUGGUGUUUGCCUUCCUGCCAGAGAACACAGGAGCAGAGGCACGGAUCUUCAUAGAGCUCGGCCUUGGAUCCUUUCAGGGAUUCGUUGUUGCCCUGCUCUACUGUUUCCUGAAUGGCGAGGUGCAGGCAGAGCUUAAGAAGAGGUUUUGGAAGUGGCAGACUCAGAAGUACCUGCGCUACAGUAAACGGCGUCGUACGUUGUUCACUGAAAGCAGCACGAUCACACAGAUCUCCGUCCUGGACAAAUCCAGCCCCAAAGAUCAGCCGGCCUCAGAGACACACACCCUCACGCCCAGCAACGUGUCCAGCGUCUAAGGCACAGCUGUUCAUGUAAACUGCUCGGCAUCUGGCCGACGUCCAGUGACCAAACCACAGAGCCUAAGAAUGUUCAAGGUACCUCGUAACUCCGUACGGUACGAAUGUGUUGCAGAAUCUUACAUGGGCUGCCUCAUAUACAACCAAACUUGUUGACUUAUGCCUAACUUUUUCGAUUCCCAUUAUCCCACACUCCUUUCCCCCAUAAUAUGAAUUAAUUUCUAACUAAAAGGCUUCAUAUGGGCAAGACACAGAGGUCAAAUAUUUUAUUGAUUUGGUAUCAUAGGAAAGAUUUAGCUUUGGGGUCAUCCUACACAUCUUACUCACAACCAGCAAAUUGUUACUCUGUAUUUACAAAAGUAACAGAUGUGGCUUCAAAACGUUGUCAUUGUUUAAACAUAAAUCAAUAGAAAAUCAUCUAUAUAAGUAACAAUUUACAUAAUUUGUUCUGUCACAGCUCUUUCAAUGCUCUGGUUUUUGAUACAUUGUUGUGUUUGUGUUGUUUUGGUUCUUAU